UCGGCUGGUUGCGAGUGUGUGUGGUGUGGUGUGUGUGUGCGUGCAGUGCGAAAUAGAAACAAGAAACAGAGAAGCAAGCGAAAAAUCAGAGAAAUUCGAAAACUUCGCCGACUGCAGUAUUAAACCGCCGGGCGAAGAACCGCAAAAGUGGCCAAAAUUCGACGAAAACAACGCAACUGUGACAAAGCAUUCGUGCCGCUGCAGGCGUCGGCGAAAAGGGCGAAAACAAAAGAGAAUAGUGUUGAUAGUAAUUCGAGCGUUCUCAGCAGCAGCGGCGCCAGCAGCAGCAGCCAGAGCAGCGGCAGAGCAACGGAACGGUGGGCGGUGGGUGCGGAAACGGGCCGGGGAAAGGCCGAGAACGAAAAAGCAGCAGCAGCAGCAGCAACAGCAGCAGCAGCAACAGCAGUAGCAACAACAACGACUGCGGCGAAUGCCGGUCGCUUUAUCACCGCUGAUCUAAUCAAAACCGUUAAGAGCAACAAAGAGCGAAAGGGACGAAGCGAGAACCCAAUAGACGCCAAUGCCGCCAAACAUCUGCGCCUAUCCGACUGCUUGCGUACCGUGCAAAAACUUGCUAUUGAACUUGAGAGCGGCGACGACGUCGGCAGCGACGCCAGCGCCACCGCCAACGCCAGCAGCGCCGUCAUGUCGGAGACGGGCUGUCGGCACUAUCAGAGCUACGUGAAGGAGCACAGCUACGAUACAUUCCGGGUCAUCGACGCCUACUUCGCCGCCUGCGUCAACAGAGAUGCGCGCGAGAGGAAGGCGAUUCACUGCAACUGCUUCGAGUGCGGCAGUUACGGCAUUCAGUUGUACGCAUGCCUACACUGCAUCUACUUUGGGUGUCGGGGAGCCCACAUCACGAGCCACCUGCGAUCGAAGAAGCACAAUGUGGCCCUGGAGCUGUCCCACGGAACGCUCUAUUGCUACGCCUGCAGGGAUUUCAUCUACGACGCGAGGAGCAGGGAGUAUGCACUGAUCAAUCGCAAGCUGGAGGCCAAGGAUCUGCAGAAGAGCAUCGGUUGGCUGCCGUGGAUUCCGACGGCCAAGGAGACCAAUCUGAUGUUGGCCAACGCGAGGAGGCGAUUGGUGAGGCCCAACCAAACCAUCGGACUUAGAGGACUGCUUAAUCUGGGCGCCACCUGCUUUAUGAACUGCAUUGUGCAGGCUCUGGUUCAUACUCCCCUGCUGAGCGACUACUUCAUGUCAGAUCGCCACGAUUGUGGCAGCAAGUCCUCCCACAAAUGUCUCGUCUGCGAAGUGUCGCGUCUCUUCCAGGAGUUUUAUUCGGGCUCCCGUUCACCGCUGUCCUUGCACCGGUUACUGCAUUUAAUCUGGAACCAUGCCAAGCACCUGGCAGGCUACGAGCAGCAGGAUGCACACGAGUUCUUCAUCGCCACCCUGGAUGUGCUGCAUCGGCACUGUGUGAAGGCCAAGUCGGAGCACGAGAGCAAGAGCAACAGCUCUGGUUCGGGAAGCGGUACUAAUUCCAGCAGCUCGAGCAGCUCGCACUGCUAUGGCCAGUGUAAUUGCAUCAUCGAUCAGAUCUUCACCGGCAUGCUGCAGAGCGACGUGGUGUGCCAGGCCUGCAACGGAGUGUCGACCACCUAUGAUCCCUUUUGGGACAUUUCUCUGGAUCUCGGGGAGACGACAACGCAUGGUGGAGUGACUCCCAAAACACUGAUUGAUUGCCUGGAGCGGUAUACUCGCGCCGAGCACCUCGGAUCGGCGGCCAAAAUCAAGUGCUCCACCUGCAAAUCCUACCAGGAGUCAACCAAGCAAUUUAGUUUGCGCACUCUGCCCAGCGUGGUCUCCUUCCACCUGAAACGCUUCGAGCACUCCGCUUUGAUCGAUCGCAAGAUCUCCUCGUUCAUUCAAUUUCCCGUGGAGUUCGAUAUGACGCCAUUUAUGUCGGAGAAAAAGAACGCCUAUGGGGACUUCCGGUUCUCCUUGUACGCCGUGGUCAAUCACGUGGGCACGAUCGACACCGGACACUAUACGGCGUAUGUCCGGCACCAGAAGGACACGUGGGUCAAGUGCGAUGAUCAUGUGAUAACGAUGGCAUCACUCAAGCAGGUGCUGGACAGCGAGGGCUAUUUAUUGUUCUACCAUAAAAACGUGCUGGAAUACGAAUAAGCAAACCAUUUGGGAUCCAUUAAGGCGACUGUAUCCCUCAAAAACACACAUAAGCAGAAACCCAUGCAUUACGAAUAAACACACAAAAAACAGACAAGGCCGCGGCAGCGUUUACGAAUUAAGUAAUCUUAACUCAAAAAAAAACAAAAUCCUAUACUGGGUGUUCCCUCGGUUGAAAUUAUUUAAGCUCGCAUACUCAAAACAUUGGAACAUUAGAGAUCGAAAAAGAAAUUAUUGAAAAUUGUAAUCUGAACACUCAAUUUGUGGGGAUACCCAUUUUGCUCUAAGUAUUUCGAAACCAUAAUACUAAAAUCAAAACAAAAAUAA